AUGGAAGAGUGGAGAAUUUCAGGAAAAGACCUACCUGACUCCAUAUUUGUUAGGGUUUACGAAGGAAGAGUCGAUCAUUUACGAGCAGUGAUCAUUGGAGCAACUGGUGCGCCUUACCAUGACGGUUUAUUCUUUUUUGACAUUCAAGUCCCUUCAAAUUACCCUGCAUCACCACCAAAAAGCAAAAAACGGAAUCCAUCUCAAUCAACUAUACUGCAAGUUUUAGUAUCUAUUCAAGCUCUAGUUCUCAAUGCCGAACCCUUUAACAAUCUUCCCGGUUUUGAAAGUUUCGCUAAUUCUAGUUCAUGGUUUAAGAAAAGAUCUGUGCACGAAGAUAUAUGCAUCAAGAAUUGUAAGACAAUGGUGUCUGUUCUUAAAAAACAACCCCAGUCUUUCGAAAAGUUUGUAAGUCAACAUUUUUGUGAUCGCGCCAGUACUAUCUUGGUUGCUGUCAAUGCUUAUAUUAAUGGGCAGGCUGAAAUUGGUGGUCCUAUUACUAUCACUGCUGCGACAAAGACUACGUCCUUGGCUUCAUUCUCAUUUAAGGCACAAGCUGGAUUUGUAUAUCCAAGGCUUGUCGAUUCAUUCAUAAAGAAUGGUUCGUCUGUGGAGAGUAUUGAAUUACUAGACACUAGUAAGACUAUACGUGAGAAUACGGUUCAUGAACAUAGAAACUGCCAACUUGUUGUGUUGAUGCUUUUUAUAUUGGUCUUUUGUUCAAUUAUUUUUGUUAAAAAGUCUCAUGCUGCUGGAGCUCUGCUUUAUAGUUUAUUUGGACUAGGUAUCUAUUUGUUUUUAUUACUUAUAGCUUCUCUGCACUUUGAGUUCAAUUGA